GGUUGUAAGGGUGUUAGUAGGGUGGAAAAAGAGGGUGUCUCUUUCGUGGGAGAAGGGAGGUUACGUUUCAGUGCGCGUUCGACCGUUCUCUCUACGACUUGUGUCAUCGGUGAAUGCAUGGUUAAAAACGCUCGGAAAGGAUAGGCGGGAACAACGCGAGCUUCGAGUUAUUUUUUUUUGCGCGAGACAUGAUUUUAAAUAAUGUUUAAUUGAUCGAUCGCAUUCGCGAUAUGAUCGAAAGAAAGUAAUCCGAAAUAGUAGGAAGUCAGUUAUUCGAGAAUCAUGAAACGAACGAUGUCUCCUUUAUUUUCCCCCCUCUUGCUAUUUUUCUUCCUCGUUACAGCAGUUCUCGUAGUAGUCAACGCCAAAGCCGAGUUAGAAUCUAACGUGGAUAAUACCUCGAUUAUAAUAACGCAUAAAACCGGUGAGAUCAAUUCUACGAACGAUUCGUUGAAACACGUGAGAGUUUUUGAGGAAGAGGAAGAAGAAGAGGAGGAGGAGGAGGAGGAAGAGGAGGAGGGGGAGGAGGAGAAUGACGAGGAUGAGGAAGAUGAAGGUGAGGGUGGUAACAGAGACGAAGAAGAAAACGAACAGAGGGGUGAAAAAUAUGUUUCGGAAGAGAACGAGGAAGAGGAAGAUGGUAAAGAAGAAUACGAGGGUGAGGAAAGAAACGAAUACGAGGACGAAUUAAAAGCCUUGGCAGAGUCUCACGAAGCUAUGUCGAAAGAUGAAACGAAAGAUGAGACUAGAGAUGAUAUCGUUCAAUCUAAUACGAAUAAUUCGUCCGCUGGGAAAAAUUUUGAGUCGCAUGAAAAUGUUCUUGAAAAUAAAUCGGAGGAAGAUGUUGCUUUCAAUGAAGCUAUUAGCGACGAAUUGCCUAAGAAACACGAAGAUAAAGAGGUAGCAGAUUUAAUAAAAUAUAAAAAAGAAAAGGGCUUGAGGCAAAUAGAGGAAGAAGAAGGUAUUAGAAAAAAAAAGAAAAAGCGAGUACCCACCGUGAAAAAAGAAUUGAGUACACAAAAAGAAAUCAUUCUUCCUGGUAACGAGACUCAAGUUCCGAAAAGUUUCGUACCAUCCGAAGAAACUUUUAAUGAUUUGAACGAAGAAACUGAUCAUGUAAAAAGAGAAGAUUCACGAAAAAUUGAGCGAGCAAAGGAUAAAAGAACGUCACCCAUCAAGGACAUUGAUAGAAAUGACGUACGCGUCAAUAUAUCCGACGAUAUUCAAGAAUUGUUUAAUAAAUGGCUUGAAAAUUUAGUGAAAAAUGUGACUAAAGUAUUACGAACCGUUUCAAAGGAUAAAGAAAAAUUGCACGAAACAAAGGAUCAAGAAGAGAAAAUAGGUAAAUUUUUAUUAAAACUUGAUGCAGAUUUACCUGGACUUUUGGAACGAUAUUAUAAAAAACAAAAUCUCAUACUGGACGAAAGUGCAUAUAUGCAUUACUUAAAGAAUAUGAAUAAUAUCGAGAAAAGAAAUGACGAUGGAUUAUCAACUACCUUUGCUACGAUUAACGAGGUAUUACAGGAUGAUUCGCAAAAGGAACAUAAGAAAACUAAGAAAAAGAAGAAGAAGAAGAAGAAGAAGAAGAUGAAGAAGAAGAAAAAGUUACAAGAUCAUGAAUCUACAACAACCAUAACGACAACGACUACGGAAAUAAUAACACCACCACCACCACCACCACCACCACCACCAUCAACGAUAACAUCUCAUCCAACAAAGACGUCAGCUAAAUGGCAAUUAUUAUCGGAUAAAUUAUCUGUACCAAAUUGGGAAGAUAAAGUUCAGGUUGAAUCAAACGACAUAGCAAAGAUUCGUUAUUCAGCCAAUUCGAAACCAAGAACGAUUAAUGAUCGACGAUAUAUCGAUGAACCGAAUAAUUUAAAGGAAUUAAAUACGGAUAGACGAAAAUAUUUGUUAUCUUUGCAAAAGGGACAGAAAUUAUCAAUAAAACCGAAUUAUUAUACGUUAGAUAAAAACAAUCCUAAUCGUAACGGAUUCGACACGCAAGUAGAACGUUUAAGAGAUUACGAAAAACCCGAACGAGUCCUUCAAUCUUUUAGAUUCGGUCAGAUAAUUUUACCACCGCGUGAUUUCGCUCAGGAAAAAGGUCAGGAAGAUUAUCAGGACGAUGAUAAUGGACGAUGGGAGGAAGAGUUUGCACGCGUGAGAGAUAACAAACCACCUAAUAAGAAUUAUCCAAUCAGUAGAAGUUGGCCGGAUGCAUCUUCGAAGUAUAAUAAUCUUCCUUGGAAAAUGGACGGAUGGGAUGGACGGGAUGAACGUACUAUGUCAUCGCGUUUACCUAACGAAUGGCCUUGGAGACAAUCCCAAUACGAUAAUAAUUAUUGGUCAACUCGUGGUAGAACUUGGCCAACGAUUAGAAAUAAUAUUUGGACACCGUUGGACAAUGGCAAUGACGAGGAAGAUUCCGAAUCGGAUUUUGGUUCGGAUAAUCGAAUAGAUCGGAAUUGGCGUGAAUGGAGAGAAUUGCAGGAACGAAGGCAAAGACAACAGGACAGGGAACGUGAUGAAGAUGACGACGGACGUUUUUCGUAUCCUUGGGAAUUGGAAGGGCCUAAUGUUUGGUCGGGUUCGCAAGUUAACCCACCUUUUCAAGUUAAACCACCCUGGUCGCAAACGGAAAGUAGUCAAAUAUUAAAAACUCGUGAUAAUGUUGAACGAAAGACUAUAACAACACCAUGGGAUGAUACUAAAAUCAGAUCUUAUCCCGAAACACCUAAAUCGACUACUAAAAUGGCCAGACAAUAUGGUAAAAGUCAAGUUUCCUUACCUAAGAUCAGUAUGACUACUUGGAACAGUUUGACAUCAGAUCCGGCAACUUGGCCUUACAAAUCUUCGGAUACGAAACCAUGGCCGAAAGAUGAGAACGGAAAAUCGUACAAUCCUAACGCGGAUUUGGUUAAAAAAUUAGGCUUAGAUAAAAAUGACGAAAAGAUUUAUGAAAUGCCUAACGAUCAAUGGAACGUUUUGGAAAACGAUCAAAGAAAUUCGUCUAAGGAAGAAAAUCAAUCGAUUCAAAAAUACAAAUUACCGAAGGAUAUAUUAGAUUACGGUAAUUACAAUGUUAAAUCAAAGAAUAUGAUGGAUUGGGGAAAACCUAAAGCCGAUGACAAUCGUCGAUUCGAAUCUUUAAUUGAUGACGUUUACAGCUGGUACCGUGGGAACAAAGAAAAACCAGUAUGGUCUAGGAAAUAUGCUUUUAAUUCUAAUUUACCAAAGGUACAAUCGAUUGAUUCUUCUUGGGCCAUGCCUGCUGACAAAUCAACAUCGAUUUCCAAUCGAUUCGAACAUCAGCAAAAUGCACCACCGAUCAACGAGAAUCCUACAAAAACUACGAUGCAACGUUGGUUUGAAUCAAACGGUAAUAACAAUAUGAUUUCAAAUUAUGGAAAACAUAUCAACGAAGUUGAGUCUUGGUCUACAAGACCCAAAAAUUUUAAUCCUUGGAACAAUGAACGCGAUUUAUUAUUGCAAGACGAAUCUAAUCCUUCUGAUCGUUGGUCUUCAACCUCAAAUAAAAUUAUUUAUUGGCCGUCCAAAUUGGAAAAUGAUUAUUCAAAUAAAGAGAAUUAUGUUUUACGUGAUCGUAAAAGUAAUUUUGACAAAGGUCAACCUGAAAACGUGGAUUUAGGGAUAAACAAUCAUAAAAUCAUUUCCAACGGAUCUUCUUCGAAAAUUAACGAAACGAAUAUAAAAGAUGAUCAUUCGAAGAAAACUUUACCGAUAUAUAAAACGAACAAUUGGAAUAACACUUAUGAAAGAUCAAACUCGUGGCCUUCGAAAUGGAAACAAUUUAGUUAUCAUAGGGUAACCACUUUACCGAUUAUGAAAUCAGGCAUGGCAUCUAAUUUUUCGACAAAUUUAUCGAAAAAUGCUUUUGUUGCUGUUUCGGCUGUUGCAUCGGAAAAAUAUACGAUAUCGAAGAACGACGAUAAUUUCGACGAAACUAAUAACAAUCGGAACGAUAUUUUGGAAAAACAAUUGGAGGAUCUAAGGCAACAGAAUUUGUGGAAUUUCAAAUCAAAUGCUAUCGAGGAACCUAUUCGAUCACCUACUCUUAUGGAAAAAUCAAUUAUUGGAUCGACGAUCGAACCAACGAUCAAAAUUAUCACCAAUUCCACGUCCAUGAUAGUACACCGUCCGGAAGAAGAAAUAGAAGAAGAAGAGCUUCCGAAAUAUGCGAAUAAAUAAUACAAAAUGCAUUAUAAAUAUUCUAACAAUAUAGAGACCCUGAGAAAAAAUUAUCUUUCAGUUAGGAAGAAUUUUAAUCAAUAAUAGACGAAGAAGCUCUCAAUUAGAUUCUUAUAUAGAUUUCGAUGAUAAUCUAACUACUUAAAAAAAAAAAAGAAAAAGAAAA